AUCUUUGUUUCAUUAAUAGGCCUCUCGUGACCCUCAGGCACGUGUUAGAAGAAAACGUUAUGAAUCGUUCUAUGCCGCGGAAGACGUAUGCCACGCUCGACACAGCUUCAUAAACGCAACAACAACAGUCGUGAAGGUCACAUCGCAUCAGCGAAACACGCAGCUCUGCCUUCCUGGGUGCCCUUCUCCAAUCGGCAUGUCCGAUUUGGCAAACGCGAGGGACGUUCUCAUCGCGCGGUACGCCUUCGCCGUGGCCGGGUUCUUCGGCCUCGUGCAGCUCUACGUGCAGCGGCUCAACCUGAGCGUUGCCAUUGUUGCCAUGGUGCGAAUGAAGAAGAUCGCCAACACAUCCGUCGAGACUGGCUGCGACUUCGGUGCGAGGAACGCCACGUCUAUGGAGCUGGAGGGCGACUUCGACUGGGACGAGCAAGUCCAGAGCAUGAUCCUCGCGUCCUUCUUCUACGGCUACAUACUGCUACAGCUUCCGGGAGGUCGACUAGCCGACAGGGUUGGCGGCAAAUACCCCCUCGGGGCCGGAAUCCUCGUCUCUUCGGCCAUGACGCUCAUCACGCCAUUCGCGGCAAGGAUCCACUACGGGGCGCUCAUGGCCGUCCGAUUCUUCAUGGGCGUCGCUGCGGUAAGGACACUCACAGCUUCAGUUCUUUAA